AUGCCUGUCUUCAUUUGUCUUCGUGUCAGUAACCUUGUUAUUGAUCCCUUGCACACGCCCACCCCCUGCACACGCCCACCCCCUGCACACGCCCACCUCCCUGCACACGCCCACCUCCCUGCACACGCCCACCUCCCUGCACACGCCCACCUCCCUGCACACGCCCACCCCCUGCACACGCCCACCUCCCUGCACACGCCCACCUCCCUGCACACGCCCACCCCCUGCACACGCCCACCCCCUGCACACGCCCACCCCCUGCACACGCCCACCCCCUGCACACGCCCACCCCCUGCACACGCCACCCCCCUGCACAUGCCCACCCCCUGCACACGCCCACCCCCUGCACACGCUCACCCCCUGCACACGCCCACCCCCUGCACACGCCCACCUCCCUGCACACGCCCACCCCCUGCACACGCCCACCCCCUGCACACGCCCACCCCCUGCACACGCCCACCCCCUGCACACGCCCACCCCCUGCACAUGCCCACCCCCUGCACACGCCCACCCCCUGCACAUGCCCACCCCCUGCACACGCCCACCCCCUGCACACGCCCACCCCCUGCACACGCCCACCCCUUGCACACGCCCACCUCCCUGCACACGCCCACCUCCCUGCACACGCCCACCUCCCUGCACCCUGCACACGCCCCCCCCCUGCACACGCCCACCCCCUGCACACGCCCACCCCCUGCACACGCCCACCCCCUGCACACGCCCACCUCCCUGCACACGCCCACCUCCCUGCACACGCCCACCUCCCUGCACACGCCCACCUCCCUGCACACGCCACCCCCCCUGCACACGCCCACCCCCUGCACACGCCCACCCCCGGCACACGCCCACCCCCUGCACACGCCCACCCCCGGCACACGCCCACCCCCUGCACACGCCCACCCCCGGCACACGCCCACCCCCCUGCACAUAUUAUUUGCUGGAAUUUUUUAUUCACUUGAAAAGGAUGGAGCUAUUACCACAGCAGCUGCCCAGCGGCCACAGUAG